GGUUUGCGUAUGCACAGCUGUUCCAUGAUGUGUCUGAUGUAGUGAAAAGAAAUGGUGGGAUUGUAGUUUUGUGUUGCCUUAUAUGUAAUUCUUAACACAGUUAUCAAGUACUUGCAAAACGUAAAGCUCAUAUUGUUAACUAAAUGAUGUAAUGUAUAAUAUAGACUCAAAAUAUUGAUUUUUUUAACGUAUCAGGUUUCAGCUUGUUUGGAUUUUGUUAAGAGAAAAUUAUGUGGAUUAAAAUUUAUAGCUUCUUGACACCAAGUCGUUCGUUUGGAAAGAUCAGUCGGAAUGUUUAUACAAGUAGAAUUUUAUAUGAAACUCAUUAUGAAACUUUGAAAUUACCCAGAAAUUGUACAACUAAAGAUGUGCGGGAUUCUUUCAUCAGAUUAUCAAAACAAUGUCAUCCAGACAAAAAUCAAAGUGAUCCAACUACCACGCAUACACAGUUUGUGAAAAUAAAUGAAGCUUAUAGUGUUCUAAGCCACCCAGAUAGGAGACGUACAUAUGACCUAACUCUCACUCCAGAGGGUGGAUAUAGCCAAAGGCAUGAAAAUACUCACUUUGAUAUGUACACAACCACAUCUCAAAAAGGAGGUUUCAGAGUUUGGAAAGAUCCGUCAUUCUGGGAAUAUCGAGAAGAGAGUCGGCAUGACAGUGGUAAAGACAGAGACUACUAUGGCAUCAAAGGUUUGAAGAGAGUUCAUAAUGGUUGGAUUGCUGUUCUUUGUGUUGUUUUCUCAGCCAUAGGCGUCUGUCUACAGGUUAUCUUGAUUCGUAAAUCAGUGACAUUUAAUCGAGAACAACUGGAUGAACGAAGUCAACAGAUGAACAAGGUGCUGUUACAAGUUCAGAAGCAGGCAGUAUUGCUUGGCAACAAGGUACAGCUUGAGCAUAUGAAGAAUCGUCUCAAUGUAUCAGAAACUUCAAACCAGAAAGUUAUACAAGAGCAUCAGGAAACAUCCGGUGGGGGCACCAAACAAAUGGAACACCUGUACAGUACUUCAGAACCUUCAGUUUUCAUAGUUCCAGGUGCAGAAACUGAGGAAUUGAUGGAAAAUAGUAAUUGUUCUGUACCAACCCUGACAUAUCAAGGAGAAACUCUCCACAAUUUUUAAACGCACAAUAGAGAUACAAUAGAUGAAUUGAAGCUUGAUAUGCUAACAUCGCCAAGCACAGUAGAAGGGGAAAAGACAGAUAUGUCUUCCUCAAAAUGUGUUUGUGUUGCGGCACUUCCCAUAAAUUAUCAGUAACAAGCAUAAAAUAUUUUGGGAUACCUUCAUGCAUACUACAUGUUAAGACACCCUCCACAGUUUAAAGAAUUAUGUCUCAUCUGGAAAUGUCACAGAAAAAUCUCAUUGCAAAUCCCACACACAGAAGUAAUUGUAGUAACAGAACUUUGGGUAGUCUACUGUGAUAUUCAAAGGCAUAAUCCGGUGCCUGAUCGCUUGCUCAAUGGCGAAGAAAUGAAACUUGAUACUCUAAAUGUAGAACUAGAAGCUGUAGAUCUUGAUCCAUAAAUCUGUUGUCCUUUAUAUGGUUUGAUUUUCAAAAUCUGUGAAAGGAAUGUAAUAUAUACUUUGUAUCAUAAAAUUGUAUUAUGACUAACAGAUUCACUUCAAAAUCAUUACUAACAUAUGAUUUUUAUCCUUAUGUAUAAAGUUUAUAAAUAAAUUAUGACUGUAGUUUGUAUAUAUUGUAAAUAUAUUUGUUUGAAAUCAGGGUAUGUUAAUAGAGUAAGAAGAGAAACAAUUACAAUAGUCUUGACUAUGUAAAAAGGGUGGAUAGCACGAGGAUGCUGAGAAGUAUGACCUGCCAAAGCAUCAGUGGACUGCUGCCAGACUACACGGCGUCACAUCCUGGAAGAUUGUACUCUUCAUUGUUACUGCGUUAAGAACUGCAGAUGUGAUACACCAAGACAGUUUAGCCCAGCAGUUUAACAUGUCACAAAGAGAGAAAGUAGCCGAUGAGAAAUCUAAAAGUAACGACGGUGGAACAAAAUAAGAGCUCAGAGACUUUUCAUCCAUCAACCCAGAUAAAGCAGAAACAUAGCUAGGAAGGGGGAGGCAGAAAAGGAGCAGGAAAGAUGUGAUGAUGUAUUGUAAAAUAUAGUAUAUUUAUUAUUUAUUUAUUUUUAAAUAAAAUAAAUAUGACUGGA